AUGAAAAUUGACGAUGAUUCAAUUAUAGAUUUGAACAGAUUAGAUUUUUGGAUCGAGAAAAAAUUUAAAAAGCAAUUGAAAGAAGCCAAAACGAAAUUGGGUGUUUUUGGUUACAGCAUCAUUAAUACACAGCCCGUAAGGGAUGAGAAAGAUAAAUGGUUUCUUUCUAAGAAAGUAUUUCCACAAAAAGAUUUACCGCAUUAUAUGCACGGAUCUGGAUAUAUUGUAACCGGUAAAGCAAUAACUGCUAUAAUGAAGGAGACAAUAGCGGCAUAUGCUAUUCAUAUAGAAGAUCUUCUUUGGAAUGGAAUUUUGGCUGAAAGAGGAAAUGUUGCUCGUUUUGAAGGGGGAAAUGAUCAUUUUCUUGAGGGAACUUUAGAAGACAAGGAAAAAUGUGUAGAUGGAAAACCUAUAAUUUUUUGUUUAUAUCAAGUUGCUCUUUCAAGUAUUAAAGCAUAUAAAGAAGAAUAUAAAAAAUUACAUGAGUUAAAAUGUCUAGAAUAA